UCGGCCCCAGGACCCUCGAGAGAGAUCGGCAGAGCCAAAGCCGCGCACUUUCCGUCGCAACCUUGCAAUUCCCAUCGGAAAUAUCUUCCUCGCCGCCGCCGCCGCCGCCGCCUGCGCCAUGCUCCAUCUCCGGCACCGCAUCGUGUCCCAUAUCCUCUCCUCCUCCUCCACCUCUGCCAUCUCCCCACUCCACCGGCUCCUCUCUGCGGCGGCAGCCGCUGCCCCCAUUUCCCCGACCCAAGGAUUCGCCGUUGAGGACUACCUCGUCGACGCCUGCGGCCUCACCCGGCCCCAAGCCCUCAAGGCCUCCAAGAAGCUCUCCCACCUCAACUCCCCCGCCAAGCCCGACGCCGUCCUCGCCUUCCUCGCCGGCCUCGGCCUCUCCGGCGCCGAUGCCGCCGCCGUCGUCGCCAAAGACCCGCUCUUCCUCUGCGCCGGCGUGGAGAGAACAUUGGCCCCCGUCGUCGACGGCCUCGCCGGCCUCGGCCUGUCGCGCCCUGAGAUCGCCCGCCUCGUCUCGCUUGUCCACAGCCGCUUCCGCCGCAGAUCCAUAGUCCCCAAGCUGGAGUACUACCUGCCCCUCUUCGGCUCCUUCCACAGCUUCCUCCGGGCGUCCCAGCGCGCAUGCUACCUUCUCUCAUCGGACCUCGACAAGGUGGUCAAGCCCAAUGUCAUGUUCCUGCGGGAAUGCGGGCUAGCUGAUUGCGACAUUACCAAGCUGUGUAUCUCUGAGCCGAGGUUGCUCGGCAACAAACUGGAACGCGUCCAGGCAAUGGUGGCGCGCGCCGAAGGUCUGGGCGUGCCCCGUGGCUCGGGGAUGUUCAAGGUUGCGAUACAGGCUGUCGCAUUCCUCAGCGAGGAGAAGAUCGCCAACAAAGUGGACUACCUGAAGAAGACGUUCGGUUGGUCGGAUGCUGAGGUGGUCGUUGCUUUGUCUAUGGCUCCAAUGUUGCUGAAUAGGUCAAAGGACAUCCUGCAGCGCAGGUUCGAGUUCCUUGUCUCUGAGGUGGGCUUGCAACCGGGGUACAUUGCUCAUCGGCCGGUAUUCCUCUAUUAUAGCCUGGAGGGCCGGAUCAAGCCCCGGUGCUAUGUUCUAAAGUUUCUCAAGGAAAACAGAUUGCUCGAUCGCGACUGGAGCUUCUAUACUGCAGUCACUAGGCCUGAGAAGUAUUUCAUCAAGAAGUGCAUAUGCCCUUACAAGGAAUCUGCACCACACCUCGCUGAAGACUAUGCGGCAGCUUGCAGAGGGGAAAUGCCAAGUAAUUUCAGAUUUACUUGAACCAAAAAAGGGCUAAGGAAAUUGGUUGCUUGUGUAUGGCGCAACAAAUUUGCACUCUCCGUAGUGAGCUGGUUAAUUGGGGUACAGCUAGGCACAUAACUGUCAGAAGUAAAGUACUGUUUUACUUGCUGCCAUAGUAACGUCGCUGCGUAGGUGAUGGUGACAGUACAAAAGACGGAGAUGGGAUACAUGACGAUAGGUUUGUGAACCAUGUAACAUCCUAACAGCUGAACUGGCUAAUCCAUGCACUUCAGAAAAACCUUCAUGAAGUUUUCUCUUUUAUAAUUAUUGUGUCGAUGCUGUGUGCAUCAUUCUAUUUUAAUCUUCAUUUAGAAGCAUGGAAGAUUUAGAAGGCAUAUGUAUGAUAUGAUGACUGCUUUACCAAUGUACUGAAAGGUUGGAGUCCAGUAUCUUUGAAGAGCAGAGUUUUGCUAUUUGCAUGAUCUUACUUAUCUAAACGUGGAGAUAGAUAACCCUGGACACAAGCUUGGAGUUUCCUCCACUUAAAUAUGCAUAAUUUGUUGAGUUCUAGGACCUUACUUUUUAUCUGAAUUUUAAUUGGUGAUGUCAGUAUUUGAAGCCAAGGUUCAGCUUACUCAAAUGGUAGGGAGGUUCAUAGUGAUCCUGUACAACCAUAGUAGAGCAUAAUAUUUGUCUCUAAUGUUCAACUCUGAGUAAACAGGUUCUACAAACGGUCUUUUACUGCACUUGACUGAAGAAGUAGGUGUCCUGAUGUAUGCUGCACUUGAGAAGGGGGAAAAACUGUACAAAGGAAGGUGCCUUAAGAAAAUGAAGAAUGAAGAAGCAGACAAAGGGGCCUGAGACUGAAACGUGUCAGCUCAGCAGUACAUGGCAAGAGUGCUACUCCCACGCCUCCUUGACGAGGCAAAGUUCAUCUCUCUCGAUUAUACGUGAAAUAGGGAGUUCAAGGUCUUAUUCGUCUUUCUUGGCCUAUGUGAAUAUGAGCCAAUUCCGGAAAGUGAAUAAUUCUCUAUUGAAAGUGCAAGUCGACGUUCCUGAUACGAAAGUGAAAGUGGAGUGAAAUCUGGAUAUGAAGGUUCAAGUCCAGUUUCAAUCUGGAUAUAAAAGUGA